ACCGCGGAAUUAACUCAUUGCUUCACAUGGACUCGUCUGCGACGGCUUCGAGCGGGCCGCGUAUGCAGUAUAUGAGUGCAUCCUGGCAGAAAUUAUCUCUCGCCGAACAUGAUGCGGUUCCUUGCUCUCGUCGCCCUCUUCAGUGCCCAGGUCCUUGCCUUGUCUCCUACCUACAUUGAUUGCCAACUUCAGAAGGACUCGAGCGUCUCACCCGUUCAAGGGUGUCCGGACGGCACACUAUUUGUAUCCUCGACAGACUCCAGAGCAAACUACACCACUGUUCAAGCGGCUGUCAACGCUCUGCCCUCUACGGGCGAUGCAACGAUCCUCAUCGGCGAAGGGGAAUACUACGAAAGGGUAGAGGUCUCUCGGACGGACCCACUGACUCUGCUUGGACAACUCAACGCUGACACGGCUUAUGCAGCGAAUGCCAAUGCGUCGACGCGUAACCUUGUCACUAUCUGGAACAACACGUAUGUGCAGGGCGAUCUGACGGACGAAGACACCGCCGUGCUUUAUGUCGUUCCGGAUGGCACGUCAUUCGGAAACAGUGACUUUAGAGGGUACAACAUCAAUUUCCAAAACCGAGCGGCCAACUAUUCCAUCUCUCAAGCUCUUGUCACAACAUUUGAAUAUACGAACGCAUCUUUCUACGGUUGCACGUUUGCGAGCUAUCAAGACACUUGGUACACUGGUCAUGAGGCAAACACUUACGUCUAUGACAGCAUCAUCUUUGGCGAGACAGAUUACUUGUUUGGCUUUGGAACUGCCUGGUUCGAGAACGUAACUCUGGCUCAGCGCGCGUGUGGUGGAGGUUUGGUUGCCUGGCAAGGAGCCAACCAGACGACGGCGCCCGGAAACCGUUACGGUGCCUACAUAUCUAAUUCCCAGAUUAUGCGGUCUCCCGACGCUAACGCUACCACGGACACUUACCAAGAGUGCUACUUGGGUCGCCCUUGGAACCCCGAGGCUGUGACGGUCUACCUCAAGACGUACAUGGAUGAGACAAUCAUUCCUGUUGGGUUCAAGCCCUGGGACGGCGAGACGACCGUGCCCAACACAACUUAUUACGCGGAGUACGACUCUUACGGUCCUGGCGCGAACAACUCGGCUCGCGUCCCACAAGAUCACAUCUUGACCACCUCUGAAGCCAGUAACUUCACUGUAGACGGCGUAUUCUUGGGUGCGCCUACGUGGAUUGACUACACGUACGCCCAAGGUGGGUCGACUUAGAGAUUCAUCGAGGCGUCUUGUGAUUGGUGCAUAUUGCAUCUGCUGGAGCGGUUGUAAAACAGGAAUGCCUGCUUUUUGGACGUUUUCUCAGGUGCUACUAUCGAUUACUCACUACAAACGUACUAUCGACUACUCAAAUCCAGAGUCGCUUGCGGCCCUGAUCACGGC